AUGGCAUUCUUCCCUCGCUUCAAGAGCCCAGAGAUAUCAGCAUCUGGGCUUCCGUCUGGAACCAGCAUCGAAUCUGGUAUUUCAAAGACCAUCGCAGCCCAGGAUCCAGUAUCAACCCUCCAGCCCGUGAACGCAGAACAAAAAGCCAUCGAUGAGAAGACAACCGACCCGGAAACCAGAAUCAAAAUCCCAGACUUCCUAGCCGACUGGCGCACAAAGCCGAGCUGGCCCUCUCCCUACCCCCCGCGACGACACGCCCAAUCCGAAAGCAUCAAAGCAGAAGCCGAACGUUGGCUGCGCAGCUACCACCGCAACGACAUCAGCAACGACGGCGACGGCGACAACGGCGGGGGCAGCGGAAUCAGCAACACCUUCAUCUCCAAAAUCAUCGCCGGCGACUUCCCCGACAUUGCCUGCCUCAUCUACGCCCACCAAGACGCAAAACAUACCCUCCUCGCGGCGCUGGUCAUGCUCCACUUCUUCGUCAUUGAUGAGUUCACAGACACCAUCGAGGGUAACGAGGAGGGAGAGGCCAACGUGCGGAGGCAAUCUGCCGCCCUGGUACGCGCUUUCCGGGACCCUGAUUAUCCUCCUCUUCCUCCUCGGGACGAAGACGGCGCGGGGACCGACAAGGACGUCUGGGUCGGCAUACGCAUGGCAGCGGACAUUGCAUCGCGGUACCGCAGCGACUCUGUAGGCGGCACAGCCGAGUCCUGGGCCUUCUUCGUCGACAGCUUCGCAGACUACCUCGACGGCGUCGGUGACGAGGUGGCGCUUCGGAGGAGACCCUGCGUCCCGUGCCGGGCAGAGUACAUGGCCGUACGGCGCCGAACCAUUGGCGUUCUUCCGGGCAUGGCCCUGCUCCUCAUCGACCGCGCGGUACGGCCGGGCUUCUUCGCGAUCCCCGCCGUUGACGCGAUGCUGCGUCUCUGUGUCGAUAUCAUCAUCAACCAGAACGAUAUCUACAGCUUCGAUAAAGAGCAGGCGCGGGGCGAGGACGGGCAUAACGGUGUGAGGGUGCUCAUGGAGGAGGAGGAGAAGGAGGCGCCGGGGCCCGGCAGCGUGCAGGAGGCCAUGAACCGGCUCGGCGAGGAGACGAGGGUUUUGGUGGGCAGGUUCGUCGAGCUAUGUGAGAAUUUGCCGACGCUGGAGGACGAAGUGGACAACGCGCACCUCGGGAUCCUGCGCGAGGGUUGCGUUUCGUGGAUCGUUGGGAUGGAGGUUUGGUCUACGCUCGUCACGAAGCGGUAUGGUAUGCAGCGUUUAGACGGGGACCGCUAUUAUACGGCGACGCCGAGGAAGAAGAUGCAGCAGCAGUAG